AUGCUUCCCCAGCGCACCCUCGCCCGCUCCGCGCAGCUGCUGCGCGCCCCGGCCACCCGCUCCGCCCUCCGCCGCCCCUACUCCACCCAGGGCGCUGGCGAGUCCGGCUUCCAGGGCGCCGCCGACAAUGCCUUCAACCGCGAGCGCGCUGCCGUGAAGCAGCACGCCGCCGAGACCAGCGACCUCUGGCGCAAGCUCUCCAUCUACGUCGUCGUCCCUUGCCUUGCCAUCGCUUCCGCCAACGCCUACAGGCUCUACUACGAGCACGAGGAGCACGAGAAGCACCUCCCCCCUCGCGAGGAGCGCCCCGAGUACCCCUACCAGAACAUCCGCACCAAGAACUUCUUCUGGGGCGACGGUGACAAGACCGCUUUCUGGAACGACAACCACAACUACCACAAGAAGGACUAA